AUGGAGGAUCCACCUGAGAUUAUCCUCUCUCAACCUCAAAAACGUGCUCUUGAGGAUGACGAAGUUCCACCCCUAUCCACGCCCACAAAGCCUCCGCUUUCAGAAGCAUUAUCCACACCAUUGACCGUCCUAUCGAACACUCCUAGUCCUUCUCCAUACCACAAUAUCAUUCAGGCGGCUGCUCCUGGAAGCAGCAACAAUUCGGUUGCCGGCGACGUCCCGACCCAGAGACAAUCUACACCCGCUUCUGGUAGUGGGAAGCAGCCUGCUAAGAGGAGGAAGCUCACCCCCAAGGAGCGAGAAGAGCAAAUAAUGGAGAAGGAAGCUAGAGAAAAGGUAAAAGCGGAAUUGAAGGCGAAGAAAGAGGAAGAGAAACGAUUAGAAGAGGAAGAAAGGCAGAGGAAAAAGGAGGAGCGUGAGGAGGAGAAGCGACUUCAGGAUGAGGAGAAACGGAAGAAAAGAGAGGAGCGAGAGGAGAAGAAACGAGCUAAGGAGAUUGAGCUGCAGCAGAAAGAAGAGGAAAAGCGAAAGAAGGAGAGGUCCCAAAUGAGGCUCGGUGCCUUCUUCAAUAUGAAACGAAGGACGGGUGGUGAGGCUUCUGGGAAUACAGUAGUAGAAGCCACCCAGCCCGCUAGUACCGACACAAUAUCGUUAGAAUUGAAAGCUACGCCAACGAAUGCUAACUCCGCCCCUGUCUCUCCACAGAAGGCAAUCAUGAAGAACGCAAAAUCAGACUAUGAGCAAGUCUUCUUUCCGUUCGAGCUGCCUUCCCAUGCAAUCCUUGCACCUUAUAACCUAUUCGCGGAGGACCCCGUCGCAGUGGCCGCUACAACCACUCGGCUCGAGAAGUUCAUCAGCGGAGAGAAGGUAGACAUGGAGCCGAUACAGUUCUCUUCACGUGGGCCCAGAGGCUUACAAACGUUGUCUAUUACGGAGAUCGUCGAUAAAAUCAAUAGCUCCUCUGGGGAUGUCAUCGACCUAACAGGAGAAACUAACAUCCACUCACGGCAGCCCCUCGAUCUACUAAAGCAUAUCCCUAUGAAGUACCUGCAUUUCCCAGAGGAUAUACGUCCACCUUACUAUGGGACUUACACAAAGCAGUACACUACACGGGAAGCCGCGAAGCUAGCACGCAAUCCCUUCAGGCGCAAUCUUCAUCAAGUUGAUUACGACUACGACUCGGAGGCAGAGUGGGAGGAGCCAGAGGAAGGCGAAGAUCUAGAUUCUGAGGGUGACGAGGAUCUCGAUGAAGAAGGAGAGGACGAUAUGGACGGUUUCCUUGAUGAUGAGGAAGACCCACAGGUGAAACGAAGGCUGAUUAACGGCGACCUCGAACCCAUCAGCACUGGUCUUUGCUGGGAGGAUUCUCGCGGCGUGUCGCAUCUAAACGAUGGAUCUGGAGCAAUCUCUACAGAGUUCAGAGAAUUCAAAAUGGGUUUCCUCUUAGAACCGCAACCGCGAUCCAUUGAUCCCUUCUCAACCGCUUACUGGGUUCCCAACCCAUCCCCUGUCGCCACCUCGACGCUCUCUGUUCCAAGUAAAGAAAUUGCUAGCAAUGGCCUGAUGAACCCACCCCGCCUGCCACUCACCCAACGCCCCGUCAACGGCAUGCUGAACACGCUCAACUCCUCCGACAAAACUCACCCCACCUCGGCAUCCAAACCAGCGAAACCGCCAAAACGCCUGAUCCCAGCCGAUCAACUGCCUGCCUUCAAGGCGGAGGUCUCAGGAAGCGACCUUACCAAGAUCGCUCUGAUUGAAGCGCUGAAGAAGAAAUUCCCCAAACUGCCGAAAGAUGCCAUUAGCAACACGCUUAGCUCAGUUGCUUCGCGGGUUGGCGCUAAGGAAGUCGAUAAGCGCUGGGUGUUACUGAACUGAUUGUUCAGUGUUUGAAAGUGCAGAUUAAUACGGUUUUCUUCAUGCAUCUGUUGGGAGUUUCACGGUGAUAAUUUUCCUGUACUAAGGGCCAAUACCCGGUACUACGGUGUUUGAGUCUAUGUUCACGGAAAACAAUGCUCGCAUUCAGUGUGCGAGCUGGAAAUGGGGGCGUUUGAAGUGUUAUUUGAGUAAAG